UCUUAUGGCUGACGCUGCACUGAAGUGGCGCCACCCUUUUCCGGUGUGGACUGGUCGAGUGGGUACGUCGGUGACAGAGUUCGUUAAAUUAUUUUCUUUUUAAGGUCUAGCUACACCAUCCGGGAUCCCACGUCCGUGAUCUGCGUUUUGUCGAGUUUUGCGGGAAACCGGUACGCAGAACAAUGGCACCUAAACCAAUUUCCAGACCCAAAAUUGUCAAGAAAAAGACAAACAAGUUCAAGAGGUUUCACAGUGACCGCUAUGACCGUGUGAAGCCGAGCUGGCGGAAGCCUAGGGGUAUUGACAAUGCGGCCCGGCGGCGCUUUAAGGGCCAGAUUCCCAUGCCAAGUAUCGGCUACGGCACCAAGUACACACACCGCCACAUCCUGCCCAAUGGCUUCAGGAAGGUGGUCAUCCACAACGUCCGGGAGCUGGAGGUCCUGAUGAUGCAGAACCAGCGCUACUGUGCCGAGGUGGCGCACGCCGUCUCCGCCAAGAAGCGCAAGCUAAUCUUGGAACGCGCCCAGCAGCUCAACAUUCUCGUGACCAACGGCCACGCGCGGCUGAGGAGUGAGGAGAACGAGUGACCACCUGGCGCUCGCUUCUUGUCAAUACAUGAUGUCGUGAUA